CUCAACGCGGCACUCGUCAAUAGUUCAUCAUGAAGUUCGUGAUCCUCUCAGUGGUAUGCUUGGUUGGCGCGGUGGUUGCGGCCCCCUCACCAAAGCAGAAACGCGACAUCCUCCCCGGCGAUCCACGUUACGGAACGGAACACCAUCAUCACCAUCACGAUUCUCACGGAGCCAACGGAGUUCAGUCCGUUUACGGACCACCGAACUACACGCCUGCUCAACCGAUCCACUACCAGGAAAGCGUUCAGCAACCGUCCAACCAAUACAUCGCUGCCCCGGUGACGAGUUUCCAGCCAACCGAAGUCGUUGAGUCUGUCGAGAACGUUUAUCUGGCUCCGGUGGCCACCCAACAGCCCCAAGAGCACCGUGCCGCAGGACCACACAAUUAUUACUUGGCUCCAGAUGCGAGCAGCGAGCAGCCAUCGAACAGAUACUUGGGCCCGGCGAUCCAAGGCGCUGCAACAGUUCGGGACUCGUACGGUCACCCCGUCCUCAGCCAGGAACACGUUCACGUUCAGGCCCAAGCACCCCAACAGGAACACGUUCACGUUCAGGCCCAAGCACCCCAACAGGAACACGCUCACGUUCAGGCUGCAGGCCCAGUCCAACAGGUCGUCCACCACGUCCCGGCUGCCCAGCCCGCCCCGGUCCGCCAGCAUUACGAAGCCCCAGCUCAAUCCCACUACCACGUGCACCAAACCUACGGCGUUCCCCAAGUUCGCCAACACGUACAGGCCGUCCAUCAAGCUGUUCAGCCCGCAGCUGUCCAGCAUCCGAUCGUCUACCAAUCGGAGCCCCAGCACUACUACAGCAACGCUGUCGAGAACUCUGGAAGCUCGAGCACCCAUCAUGCUCAGGCUGACUACGUCGCCCCGAAACCCCAGAGCUACCAGGUCCAGAUAGUCAAAGCUCAGCCGGUCCACUAUCACAGCCAGGUGGAACAUGUCCAACCCCAGCAGCACUACGAGUCUCACCACGAGUCCGUUCGAGUGGAGAGUGCCUCGUCCCACGAGGCGACCCAGCUCGUUGGCAGCAACGGUGGCUACGUUUACUAAUUGUUUUCGACUCGCAGUCGACCACGUUGAUAAUCGGAACGAACUUAAGUUGUAGGAAAUGUAAAAAUUAAUGAAAUAUACUAAUGCCGUGGUGCAGA